UUUGAACCCGGAACUCAACGCUUUGAACUGUAUAAAAAGGCUCAGGCCUCCCUGAAGUCAGGCCUUGACCUAAAGACGGUGGUUCAGCUCCCCCCCCUGGCGAGAGCAUCAAUGACUGGAUUGCUGUUCACGUGGUGGACUUUUUCAAUAGGAUAAACCUGAUCUAUGGGACCAUGUCUGAGUUCUGCACUGAACGGAGCUGCCCGGUCAUGUCUGGGGGUCUCCGAUACGAAUACAGGUGGCAGGAUGAGCACAAAUAUAAGAAGCCCACCAAGCUGUCCGCUCCUCUGUACAUGAACACGCUGAUGGAGUGGAUCGAAACUCUGAUCAACAAUGAGGACAUAUUUCCAACUAGAACAGGAGUCCCUUUCCCACGGAACUUCCAGCAGGUGUGUACGAAGAUUCUGACCCGCCUUUUCCGUGUCUUCGUCCACGUGUACAUCCACCACUUCGAUGGCGUGAUCAGUGUGGGAGCCGAGGCACACGUCAACACCUGCUACAAACACUUCUACUACUUCAUCACCGAGUUCAGCCUCAUCCAUCACCGGGAGCUCGAGCCGCUGAGAGAGAUGACGGAGAAAAUCUGCCACUGA